AUGCCUUGGUACGAUGAUGAUGAAAAUUUUGAGCAGGAACCUCUUUACAAACCACUGUUUCAAGCUGGGCCUUGCACGGAUUUUCGAGAAAAGAACCCUUAUAUGUGCACCCUAGAGAUAAGGAUCCCUUAUGAGCAGGAACAGAAAUUGAAAUCACUCUACAGCCCCUUGCUACAAUGGAUCGACCCCGCAUUCCAGCUGAUUCAAAUCUACCAACAGCACAAAGGUGCCGUUGUUUUGUCGCACGAACAUGAUCACCUGACAAAUAUAACGGAAGACACGUACACCAGUGAGCAUUUAACCACUCAGUCGCUGAGCGUUGUGUUGUUUUUACGCGAGGAGACAAAGUAUCAACUCAACGCUCGAUUUGCAAAAGACUACUUAGAAUGCCCUCCUUGGGUUUUCCACCAUAAGAUCGAACUGGCCAGCCGCACAACCUUGCGCUCUGUUGCUCGGCAAGAUUAUUACGAGUCUUCCCCAGACCUCCCUCUCUGGACCGUUUGCUCAGUUCACUACGGAAACGAGCAACUGAGAUUUAAUAUUUUCGUGAGAGAUUUUAAAGAAAUGAAAGAAUUUUACAGUGUGCUAACAGGAACUGAACCAAGUGCAUGCAAACCAGGAUUCUGCACAUUUGAUCUUUAUUCUCAGCCUGGGCUAGAUAUAAAGCUUUCUUUGAAGUACUCGCCUUGUUUGCAGCCUUAUCCGCCAAAGCAAAGCCUGCUUAAGUUUAAUGUACCUUACAUUCUCGACAUUAAAGAGAGGCUCAACCUAAUUUUGACGCCAUACGGGAACAAUACGUGGCUGACACAUGAUCCCGAUGGUAACGAUAUCGUUUUGUCUCGUCGCGAAACUGAAUGGUGUGAUGAUUGUCUCGGCGAGGAACAGUUUACAGAGGUGUCUGACAGUGGACAGUGGAGCGAGACACCCAGUGAGGACUCUUCGUGGGAGAUGUGCAGUGUUACGGACAGUGAAGAUUUCUCGUGCGAGAGCGGCUGUGACUCUCUCUCGGACUGUGGCUGGAUAACCGUUUAA